AUGUCUUGUACGGAAGAGUCUGAUGAUCAUUGGAGUUAUGAUGAUCCGUCCAAAUGGCAUGAACAUUUUCCAGCUGCUGCUGGUACUUCCCAAUCGCCUAUCAAUAUUAAAUCUCGCCAAACGGUUGCUCAACAAUAUCCACCAUUUUUAUUCUCUUCAGAUCAUAACAGUGAAAUUGCCUUUACAUUGAUAAACAAUGGACAUCAGGUUACUGUAACAUUAUCAAAAGAUUCUGGAAAUGAAAAUCAAACGAAUUUAUCAUUUACUGGUGGUGAUUUAAUUGGAAAAUUUAAUUUCGUCAAUUUUCAUUUACAUUGGGGUAGAAAAGACAGACAUGGAUCGGAACAUGAAAUUGAUGGACAUACAUUUCCGGCUGAAGCACAUUUUGUCUAUAAGAAUUUUGAAACUCAACAAGUUAGCGUAUUUGGAUUCUUUUUUCACGUUGUUCGUUCACAUAACGAGGAGAAUAGUGAAUGGAAGAAAUAUUCACAUAUUGCAAGUCUAUUAACGAAGAUUGGUGAUACAAUGAAUUGUACUUUCAAUUUAAGUCAUAUGAUGCAAAUCGAGAGCAGACGAUUUUUUCGAUAUACAGGCAGCUUGACAACACCACCGUGCAGUGAAGGCAUUAUAUGGACAAUAUUUCUUGAUCCGAUUCCAAUAAUUGAAGAAAGUUUAAAAUUACUUCGUCAUAAUGUCAUGCGAAAAGCCUAUCGACCAGUUCAACCAAUAAAUCAUCGAAUUAUUUACAAAAACUAUGAUCAUUGA